AAAACGUUUUCCGACCUGAACAAUAGCGAGGAAUCCCGUCGUUCCGCGCCGAAUCUUCUCCACUUCGUGUAUCGAUGUAUAGACUCCGAACCGAUUUAACGGAUGGCUGUACGCUUUACAUUAUAUUUUGUCCCAGUGAUUUUCGAUUGUUCUCGGCGAAUCUAAGCGUCUUUCCUGGUUCGUACUGUAUACCUCGUUUUUUUCGAACGUUUCCGAGUGCCUUUCCAACCCGGUGUUGGGACAUCGUUCGUCGCUCUACACCCUCUACAGUAAGUAAUUCAUUGUAAUACGUAUAACGAAUGACAUCACACUGCUCUGUCAAACACGUAUCGUUGUCCGUUUGUGAAGAGCCGUUGCACGUCCUACCCCUGAUGUCCAUGUCCCGGUCUUCCGGUUCGUCCAGCGGCGGAUCGCCGUCGCCCAAGUACGAAUUUUCUGACGAUUCGGAUUCCGAUCAGAAGCGUCGUGGCACCAGCAGCCGACCCCGUCGCAUGCCGACCAGCAACAGUAAGAACGCUGUGGCAGCGCGUAUGAACCGCAUAAAACAGAAGCAGUACGUUAAGGACCUGGAACAGAAGAUGUCUAGGUUGAAGCGCGAGAUGAGGGCCACCAAGAGGGAGUUGAGGGAACGCGAAAAGAAGUGGGCAAGCAGUCGUCGACAGGUGGCCUACUUACGUGGCAUGAUUGCCAACAGCCAUCAGAUUGGCAGUCUGUUACGCAACAUACGUUGGAGGAACAUCGUACCACAAGGUAGUAAUGUCGACAAGACUUUAAACGAGUUAAACUCUGAGACGAGUAUUGACUACUUUCCUAUAACCACGAGCUCUAGUCUGUUUGAUGGUUCUUUUGAUUUGUUAGAGGAUAGAGUAGACAACAACUGUCAUCCUAUAGAAGAACCUCUUCAAGACGAUGAAGACAGGGCAUGGUACAAUGGUAUCAACCCGUCGACCACUGAGCUUUUUCAAGAUAUGGUCCCAUCUAAACAUGUGUCAAUACGCACGAUGUUACCAUAGAAAAAGUUAUGUGCUUACAUAUCUGUGGCGUAAAUGAUUUUAUUAAUUGAAAAUAAAAGAAGCCGUGAUCUUGCAUGUACAAAUAUUACAUGCCAAUUAUUCAAAUUAGACAUGAGGUAAGUUGAGUUUUAUACAAAUAUUUUAAAUUAUAUAAAUACUUGAAGCAAUUAGUGUGACCAAUUUUCUUAUUAAGGACAGUGGAACUAUACAAUGUUAUAACAUAAGUGAUUUUUGUUUGUUUCCAUA